UGGAGCUGUCGAUAGGAGAAUGGGUGACCGCAACAGUGUAAACAAAUGAGCACUUCUCUAGUGAGUCCGCCUACAAGAUUUGAUUGAGUUUCUUCUUCCAUGGAGGCCACUGAGUAUAGCGGUCUUGGUGCACAGAAUGUUGACGUGCUCUCGGCCAGAACACAGGAUCUGCUGGUUCAAGCUGCCAAGGAAAAAUGCAACAAGGAGAUCUUCAGCCAGCAGAACAACAGCCAAAAAGGCAGCUACUGCAACACCACGUGGGACGGCAUCAUGUGCUGGCCGGAGACUUUGGCGGGAAAAGUGGCCGUCCAGCCUUGUCCGAAAUACAUCCACAAUUUUUACAUCCACGGCACCGCAAGCAGGAAGUGCCUGGAGAAUGGGGAAUGGUUCUACCACUCCGGCUUCAACACCACCUGGACCAACUACACCGAGUGUGGCAACAGGCCCAAGGACUUCAUCGGGAUAGACAAGGUGUCGGUCUCACAGGACCACCUGGACCGUAUUAAAGUCAUGUACAGUAUCGGCUAUGGUGUCUCCCUUGUUGCGCUGGCCGCUGCUAUUUUUAUCAUGAUCUACUUCCGACGCCUGCACUGCCCACGUAACACCAUCCACCUGAAUCUCUUCAUGUCCUUUGUCCUGAGGGCCGUCUUCUCCUUCCUGAAGGACAGCCUGUUUGACAUCAACCACGGGUUGACGGAGGACAUAGAGGACAUCGUACACUGGCAGCAGCAUAGGCCCAACUUCAUUGACAGGGGCGCUCACUGGCAGUGUAAAGUUGUCUACACGACAUUCCACUACGUCAUGCUGACCAGCACCACCUGGGUGUUCAUGGAGGGUCUCUACCUGUACAUCCUGGUCACCAUCACCAUCUUCUCGGAGCGCCGCUACAUCAGAUGGUGCACGGUGCUGGGCUGGGCUGGUCCCCUGCUGUUCCUGGUGCCUUGGAUUAUUGUUCGAGCCACACUUGAAGACGAACUGUGUUGGAACACACAUCCCACACAAGGAUAUUUCUGGAUACUCAAGGGACCUCAGGUGGCCGCUGCUGUAGUCAACUUUAUCUUUUUCAUGAAUAUUGUCCGGGUCCUUUUUACCAAACUGGUCCGGUCAGCUCCACCAAGGGCAAGAAAAUACAGAUACAGACGCCUUGGCAAGUCUACUCUAGUUUUGAUCCCCAUCUUUGAGGUCCAUUACCUGGUGACUGUUGGGAUAUCCUACGACAUCUACAGCACCAACAUUAUUAUUGAGACUGUUUUGCUCUAUUUUGAAAUGUUUUUUAAUUCUUUCCAGGGUCUGUUAAUAGCCUGCCUUUUUUGCUUCAUGAACGGAGAGGUUCAGACUGAGAUAAGAAAACGUUACAUACGUCAUAAACUACGGGUCAACUCAAGAAAGUUUCAAAACAAAUACGUGGCAACUGCCAGCUCGCAAGUCCGCCCAAGGACAUGUCCAUCCUGCUCACCCAAGCAUGACUCAAGAUCAACACGACAGCCAGUGAUAAUUUGGUGCAAGUUGGUAGGGCAAUUUGGAGUCUGUGAAUUGAGAGCGGUUCAGCAGAGAAUUGAACUCCUCCAGUGGAUCCGACCACAACCUCUGCCUCGAGACUCAAAAACUAAGAAUUUAUAUCCAGCCCAUGAGAUACUACCGUGCCCAGGGUCCAACACCUAAUGAUGCAAGACCUAUCAUAUACACCAGCAAGAAAAACAGUUAUGUUUAACCUGUUUUAAGUAACGUCUACUUGAAUGGACUCAAUUCUAUUUCACUGGACAUACCUGCAACAUUUGCUAUGUAACAUCGGAGCGCUGCGGAACUAUUUUAAGCGAAGCUCUUCACAAAAAUAUGGAGAUUUACUUUAAAAUUAUGAUUCUUGUGAAGUAAUGAAAUAUAACAAUAUAUUGAGUUCUUGCCUUUAUUUUCAGUUAAAAAGCAUUGCAAGUUGUAUUUUUAAAAAUUCGACCUUGACCACAGCCUUUGGUUUUUCCAGACCUUAGUUCUAUUGUGUUUAGCAGUUUUGACUGUAAUAAUUUUUUAAUCCAUGUUGACAUAACAGAGCGCAUUGAAUAAGGAUAAAUAACUCUUUAGAUCAUGUUUUUUUUGUGCAGUCCUUUUGUUUUUUUCCUUAUUUACUUCCAUCACUGCUUCAAAGUGUAGAAAUUAUAUCUGCUCAUUAUUAGAACAUCAUUUUUAUUUUUAAACAAUUGAUUGCCUUUUCUUCACCAUUUGGCAUUAUCCAUAAUGUAAAAAUCCAUUUUUUUAUAUACUUGCUCUUUAAAAGACCUGCAUGAGAAGGUCAAUGAGAAUUUACCUCCAUUACCAUAACAAACAUACUUGUGAAACCUAUAUAGAGUUUAUGCUAAUAGGGAACAACAGCCAUAACUAUUACAACUA